AUGGGCUCUGCUUCCAAUCAGAGUUUCACAGGAGGCUGUCCGCAGAGCGAGGAGGAGCCGGCGGCUGUGCGCCGGGGCAGCGGACUCUGUAAGUGGUUCAACAUGCGGAUGGGUUUCGGCUUCCUCUCCAUGAGCAGCAGGGACGGAGCUCCUCUGGAAGAGCCGCUCGACGUGUUCGUCCACCAGAGCAAACUGCACAUGGAGGGCUUCCGCAGCCUCAGAGAAGGCGAGGCCGUGGAGUUCACCUUUAAGAAAUCAUCUAAAGGGCUGGAGUCUGUCCGGGUUACUGGGCCCAAUGGAGCACCAUGUCUCGGCAGCGAGAGAAGACCAAAGAGCGCCCAGAAACGACGCUCCAAGGGUGACAGAUGCUACAACUGUGGAGGACCCGGCCAUCAUGCCAAAGAGUGUCAGCUGCCCCCUCAGCCCAAAAAGUGCCAUUUUUGUCAGAGUGUUUCCCACAUGGUAGCCAACUGUCCAGUCAAAGCACAGCAGCAGCAUUCGUCUCCAGGCUAUCAGGGAACAGCUACCUCACGGAGGGACGAGGAAGAGGAGCACAGCCAGGCCACCCUCUCUGAAAACUCAGAGUGA